AUGGAAGCAUUACAAUAUACAGCUAGAGAAAAAAAAUUGCAACUGGUACAAAUUCCUAUUCCAAAGGUGUCUUUACCCAAUCAGAUUUUAAUCAAAGUUGCCUAUGCUGGAAUAUGUGGAACUGACCUUCAUAUAAUAGAAGGUGAAUUUCCAUGCAACAAGACCAACACUUUUACAUUGGGACAUGAAUUUUCCGGAACAGUUAUUGAAGUUGGUAGUAAUGUUUCAAACUUCAAAAAAGGAGAUAAAGUUUCUGUAGACCCUAAUAAUGGUUGCCAACGUUGCCAUUUCUGCCAUUCUGGCCAACCCCAUUUUUGCAAAAUCGGUGGUAUAAAUAAUACCAUCGGAAUUUUUAGAGAUGGUGGGUGGGCCAAUUAUGCACUUGCUCCUGAAGAACAAGUCCAUAAGCUUCCAGAAAAAAUCACCUUGGAACAAGCUGCUUUGGCAGAGCCUUUGUCUUGUUUGGCCCACGGUUGGGACAUAAUUAGUCCAAUCUCAGUUGGAUCGAAAAUUUUGGUGACUGGAGCAGGAAUCAUAGGAAAUCUUUGGGUUUGCGCACUCCACCUUCAAGGCCACAGAAACGUCACCGUCUCGGAACCAAAUUUGGCAAGACUGGAAAUGUUGAGAAAAUUAGAUUCCGGCUAUAACCUCAUAACCCCAGAUCAACUCAAGAAAAAUCAACAGGCUGAUUCUGGGUAUCUAUUUGAUGUCGUCAUAGAUUGUAGUGGGUACCCACCUGCAGUGGAACACGCCAUUUCCCUCCUUAACUGCGGAGGGAAACUUUGCUGUUUUGGAGUGGCGCCACCUCACGGCAAAAUAACGAUUUCACCGUUUGAAAUUUAUAUGAAAGAACUGACCAUUUACGGCGUUAAUAUCAAUCCCUUCAGUUUUCCUAAAUCUUUAGGGCUCUUAGAGGCGAUGGGUGACAGAUAUUUGAAUUAUGAAAAAUUGGGAAUAAAGACAUUCUCUUUAAAACAAUAUAAUGUUGCAAUAGAAGCCCUCAAGAAAGGCACAAUUGCUAAAGCUGUUUUUGUAAUGUAA